AUGCCCGAGAACUUUUCAGAGUCUUUCGCCGAUUCCAGGAGAUACCAGACGCAGAGCGAAGGUUACAUACAGGAGAACUCUCCGCGAGUCGAGCAAAACACGGGAUUCUCCGAAGCCAUGGAUACAUCCGUCCUGAUCUUGCGGCAAACCUCCGAUUGCAUCUGUGAUCUCGGGCUAUACAUCGACGAUUCCACUGAUUUCGAUCUGACACAACGUUAUAUCGUGAUAACAAUACUGGGUGUGUCCAUAUACAACUGUGUUGAGCUAAUCCCAUUCAUCUUCGCCACCUUCAAAAGGUACAAGGGAUUGUACUUCUGGAGUCUACUAGCGUCGAUUCUCGGCAUACUCAUGUCCAACAUUUCGAACCUGGUAUCGAACUUCUACCCGAACCCUCCGCGCCUACAGGUUGGCUUGAUCGGCCUGUUUGGGUGGGCUCUGAUGGUAACAGGCCAGUCUUUGGUACUCUACUCCAGGCUCGACCUGCUUCCACUCGCUGAAAGCAUACGCCGAUGGGUGUUGCGUGUGAUCAUUUUCAAUGCGAUUACGAUGCAGGUGCCAAUUAUUGUACUGAACACUGGGUCCAAGUCUUCCAGGCCGGAAAGGUUCCUUCCGAUCUUCUCUAUAUUUGAGAAGAUUCAGAUCAUCGUAUUCUUUCUGCAGGAAAUCGGACUAUCAUGCGUCUAUUUGUGGGAGUGCUUUAGGUUUCUCGUUCUCCCAGAACCCCCUGUGGCGUAUCGAGUUGAAACCGGCGGCUUAAAUAACAGCCCUCAAAAGAAUUCGAGAAAGGUUCUGCUACAUCUUCUCAUCGUCAGUGUGGCUGUAAUCAUACUGGACAUCACCAUUAUUGCCCUUGAAUUCUCAGGCUUUCAUAUCAUCCAAAUCAGUUAUAAAGAGCUUGCCUACAGCAUAAAGUUGAAGCUUGAAAUAUCAAUUCUAAGCCGCCUGGUCAAAUUCGUUCAAGCAAGGCCAGUGGGUAGCAGCGGCCGCAUCACAACACAUGAUGAGCUUGAGUGGGAGCCAGCCAUUCAACAAGCGUUCAAUUCGCAGCAAACUAGCCAGCAAGUCCACGGCGUGAAUGAGAAGUCCGAGGGAGGCCGUACAAAUCACACAUUUACCGACUUGGACAAUCAAUUAGGCUAUCGCACAGGCGAUACCAGACAGGCACAUCCAGCUCAGGAGUUGGCUAUCGAGAGAAUGGCUUGA